GUGCUAUUCCUGAAGCCAUUCUACGCAGCGCAUCUGUAUGCUGGGAAUCAGCGCUGGGUGUGUUUGUGUGCCGCGUUCGUGCGAUGUGUUAUCAAGAUCCGCUGCUUUUUUCUCACUCGGCGCCGUUUUUCUCUGUCUGUUUAACGUAAUCUCAACUCGCAUAUAUCCCAUCAGAAGAGUACCCAGCCAUUCAGAGUUCACUGGUUUCAAGGAGAGGAUGGCCCAUGUGGAGGAAUCCCACACUGAAGGGGAGAGCAGCCCGCAGAUGGUCUCCUUAAGGUCAGAUGUGUCGGUGAGCCAAGGGAACGAUGGAGAAGUGGGACCAUCCAUGAGGAGGAAGAGGAGGAAGAAGAAAGAGCCCCGUCCAGGGUCCAUCAUCGUGUACCGCUCUGAAAUGGAGAGAGCACCAGGAGAGGAGCAGAGCGGGGAGGAGGCAGGGGAAAGGAGCCUGGAGGAAGGAGCCAAGUUCCUGGGAACACCAACAGGAGAAGGAGGAGACUGGAACCUGCCUCCAGACAGCCGGUAUGUCACGCUUACUGGCACUAUCACAAGAGGAAAGAAGAAGGGUCAGGUGGUAGAUAUACAUGUGACUUUGACAGAGAGGGAAAUCAGAGAUCUGGCCAAGUCCAAGGAGCGUCUCAAUGCAGAGUGCGAGGCCGGAGAAGGGUCCAAACGCAACUGUACCUUAGGAGUGUGCCAGGGACCCCACGUGGUGCUGUGGACCAUCUCCUGCGCUCCUGUGGUUUUUCUCCUUUCCUUCAUCACCUCCUUCUACUACGGCACGCUCACCUGGUACAAUGUCUUCCUAGUGUACAACGAGGAGCGGACGUUCUGGCACAAGAUUACCAUUUGCCCCUUUCUCAUCAUCUUCUACCCUGUGCUCAUUAUGCCAGUGGCGCUGUCUCUGGCUCUGUACUCAGCCGUGGUGCAGGUGUCCUGGGCCUUCAGUGAGUGGUGGCAGGUGGUGCGAGACCUGGAGAAAGGCUUUUGUGGCUGGGCUUGUGGGAAGUUGGGGCUGGAGGACUGCUCACCUUACAGCAUUGUGGAGCUACUAGACUCAGACACGGUUUCUGGGACUCUGCAGAGCAAGGCGCCCAGUGAAAUCGCUCAGACAUCAUCAGUUUGAAGAAGCGGAUGUUGAUUUCAUGGCACAUAGUGCCUGGUAAUGAUAUUCAUUGGGUCUUUUCACACUUUGUCAGGUUGCAACCACAAGCUUCAAUGUAUUCUGUUGGUGUCAUAUGUGAUAAAUCAACAUAUGAGUACCUUUAUGCACUUAAAGAUGCAGACAAGUUUUAGUAUAUCUUGACAGGUUUUGCACAUCUUGAGAAGCAAUUUCUUCAGAGUUAACAUUCUUCUCUAGGUUUUCUACUGUACUAUUUCCCUGCUCAAGUAAUGAACCAGACAGUGUUCUACAAGGUGCUCAAGGUUUGGGUGUUUUAUAAUCUAGACCUGCUUUAUGAUUCUGAGCUUUUUUUUACCAAUGUCCCUUGACCUUCAUACUGUUUGUCUUUUUUUUAUAUAGCGCCAAUCCACAACACCUGUCAUCUAAAGGCACUUUCCAGAGAUUAUUAAAUCAGAUCCGACUGGUAGGGGUGGGUAUUGCCAAAGGAGUCACGAUUAGAUUCGAAUCACGAUUCACAGGCCACGAUGCGAUUCUAUCACGAUGCAUCACGAUACUUGAAUUAUUGCGAUGCAUUGCAAUAUUUUCUCCUC